UUGGAAACCAGCGCGCAAGGGGAGAACCGGAAGGCGCGCGUUUCUCUUAGGCAAUGCGAAUGCGCAACCGGCGUAAUCCUGGAGAUACCUAGGUAGAUAAAAGACAGUACCUACGGAGCACCCAUCGUACAUAGCAUCGUCGCACCGCUAUCACCAGACAGAACUUUCCAUCAACGGAAUCCCGAUAAGCCUCGUCUCUGCGGUUCGUACAUGUCGCCGUGCAGUGCUGGCCGUUGAACUGGACGACGUUCUUGGACCUUCCGUACGGACUGCCAGGACAUAAUCCCAAUCACUCCAUUAUUCAUCGCUUGGUCUAUCUUAUCUCCAUCGCCAUAUCUCGCGUCUUAAACCCCAAAUGGCCACGGUUAUCACCGUCCAGCCGUCCUCCACGGCCACGGCUGCUGUUACCUCGCCGUCAGUGUCGGAUCUGCUCCCUCAUAACUCCCCCCGUCGUCCCCUUGGCCGCCGCGCCCAGCCCAUGGGCUCUGUGUCUCCCUCCGACUUCUCCCUUGUCAUCUCCCCCGUGUCCCAUACUCCCGGCAGGGAUGGAUCAGCCUGCGACGCCUGUCUCCGCAGAAAGAGUAGGUGUGCUAUGAACGAAAUGGUCAACAAGUGCUACUCGUGUGACUUUCAUCGCCAGGACUGUACGUUUACCCUGUCCGGCGGUGCUACCUCCCCCAAGUCUGGCGAGCCUCACCCGAGGAAGCGAAAGCUGGACGACGUUGUUUCGGAGGAUGUGGAGUCCGUCAAAAGAAUAUCCACAGUCACCACUCCUGUAUCCAAAACAGACACCCCCGAGUCCAGCGGCUCGAAGCAGUCGGCAUCCGGCAUGUGGUGCCGGUCCACCAAACACAUCGGCAUGACUACCGAAUUGGAACCGGCCCUGCUGGACCAUCUACCGCUAGAUCACAACGAUGAGGGCCUCGUGUCCACCUCCAAAGUCCGGAAAUUCAGCGACGACGGCACGUUUAUGCGCAUGGCUGACGCGGAAUCCUGGGGCGAUCCGCAUUCCGUCUCCUUGGAUGCCAUUGAGGGCAUGGUUGCCCCCUACGGCUCAACGUUGAUCGAGAAAUUCUUUGAGCAUGUCCACCCGACGUUUCCCGUCCUCAUGGAGGCCGCCUUUCGCCAGUCGUACCGUACGAGGAACAAUCUACCGCCCCUGCUACUGGCGUCGGUGUAUGUUCUGGCGUCGAGAUUCGUGGACGUGGGAUCCGGUUCGCAGAUGGUACGCCGGUUGGAGGUCGGCCGUCUCGAAACCACCGCGCUACGACUACUCACCGAGUCCUUGCCGUAUGCGAGUAUCUCAACCAUCCAGGCCGGUCUACUCCUGAUGCAGAAGUCUUCUCUGAAUACGUCCGCGCUGAACGGUCAGCUGAUCACAGCGGGGUUCGAACUAGGGCUGCAUCAGGACUGUUCGAACUGGAAGAUGGAGACGUGGGAAAAGGGUCUCCGGAAACGGCUGGCGUGGGCGCUGUACAUGCAGGAUAAGUGGUCGUCGCUCGUCCAUGGCCGUCCGUCUCACAUCUUCGCGUCCAACUGGACCGUCCAGGACUUGGUGGAACAGGAUUUCGUCGACGCCUUUCACCCAGACCCCCGGCAGGACGACACCGUGGGUCACGGCCCUCUGCUCUUUUGCCAUAUGGUCGCUCUCACCACCAUCCUCGCCGAUAUUCUUGACCGGUUCUACACGUUGCAGUCCAUCGAGGAUUUCAAGGCGGCGGGGAACUUCCGCACGCGGAUGAUCCUGGACAAGGCCAAGCCGGUACAGAUCCGUCUGAAGGAGUGGUUUUCGGCCCUCCCGGCACAGUUGAAGAUGGAUGCGACCAACGAGCUGUUUGACUCGACCACCAAGGAGACCGCCCGUAAUGGCACCCUGCACCUCGCGUACUUUGCCACCGAAAUCACCCUGCACCGCUGCAUCAUCCGCUCCAUCACCCCCGAAACCGCCGACUCCUAUCUCUCUCACAUCUGCCGCUCCGCCGCAAAGACCCGUCUCAUCUCCACCAUGGACUUCGUGAACCGCCUCCGCCAGGCCCAUCUGCGAUCUUUCUGGCCAGCCGCCGCACGCACCAACUUUGCGCUUAUCGGCUCGUUUGGUAUCCUCCUGCGCAUCACCGCACCCACGAGGGAGGAAGCAGAAUUCUACCGGAUCCGCCUAUGCGAAUAUCGCUGGACGCUCAGCGUGAGCAAGAAAGAUGCCACCUUCCUUGAAUUCGCCAUGGAGAGUCUCGACAACGCCACGGCCCUUGACGUACACGUACCCGAGAAGCCGGGCAUCGAUGAACUCAUGGCUAGCUCCGCCAAGCCAACGACGCAGCAGCCGUUGCGGUUUACGGGCGCGGCUACCCUUGACGAUGCGAUGAAUGCUGAUUCGGCGCUAGGCAGUGGGAUUGCGGGGACUUCUUCCGUGAUUUCAGGUCUCGCAUCGCCGGCAACAUCGGUGGUGAGCGACGAAAGUUUGCAAGAGCCCUCUGCAGUUUAAUCAGAACUCGCUUCCACCUACCUACCUACCAUUUGAACAAGCCUCUGGAAUAAGAGCUUGCUGCGUUCCCUGGAACCCGAAUAUACCAACGACAUCUACAACCAAAUAAUGGCCGAGCUAUCCCUCACACAUCUAACACCGCACCAACAAGAAAAUAUAUCGAAAUCUUGAUUUUCUGUUCUGCAUGUGAAUGGUUUAUCUGGGGAUGGAAUAAAAGCAGGACACGGGGCGGGACUAGCAUUGGUCUUUUUUUUUUUUUUUUUUUUUGUCUCUUUUCUUUCCUUUUGAACGGCUGUCAAGAGAUUCGCCACUGCACUGAGCUCAACUUCAACGUGAUGAUUCCCAAUGCCAAUUUGUAUGGACGGUUAAUAAUGGGCGUUACGUUACACAUAUCCAUGGGAUGUACAUAAAUAGGUUAUGGAGUAGUGUAUAUAGAUUAAUGAUUAUUCACCUGUGAUAAUACUG